AUGGCGUGUUUGACACGUACAUUGACAACAUCAACACGAUCAUUGGCAGCAGCAAGACACCAAAAAAACUAUUCGACAAAGGCAACGACAGAAAAGAAAUUAUACUACGUGUCAUCACAGCAUUCUCUGCCUAUAGUUCAACCAGAGUCAUGCUACUCUUCAAAACACGCACACGGCAGAGCUAUCCAAUUAGGCCUCUCACCCUUACUACAACAACCACAUCAUAUCGUGAAGAUCGCUGCUGGUUACUCUCAUUGCUUGGCUUUAUGUCAACUACAUGAUGGUGGCGGGGAGGUGCUCGUUACUAUGGGUGCCUCUGACAUGGGCCAACUAGGCAUUGGACUCUCAAACACGUCACUCUCAUAUGGUGCCAUUCCAAUAUCCAAGAAGACAGCCGUUAAGCAUAUGGCAUGUGGACGACUGCAUACCAUCAUUGUAGGACACGGGGAGAAGAAAGACGUGCUUUUCGCCUUUGGCCACAACCACUUUGGACAACUUGGUCUUGGUCAUUCUUCUCUUCCUAUACGUUAUCCAACUCAAAUACCAUGGUCUGGCGAAAGGAUCAUAGAUGUGCAGUGUGGACUGGAUCAUACUGUCGUGCUGACGGAAAGUGGACAUGUAUACACAGCCGGAUUUGGAGCUGAUGGCCAAGUAGGAGCUGGAUCAUCGGCGGACGCUACCAGUCUAACUCGUAUUGAAAACCUACCAUCCGCACAACACAUCUCGACUUCAACGGACACGAACUUUGCAUGGAACGACUCGUCAAUUUACACAUGGGGCAAUUCAGAGUAUGCCCAACAGAUGCAUGGCCGUAAGAUUGAUCGUGUUCUGAGUCCCGAAGAAUGCAGGACCAUAUCGACUCCACGUGAAAUCGCAUCUGGCGGUACAUUCACACUCAUAACCACCAAGCAAAAUCAGCUGUCAUUGUGUGGGUUAUCGACGUUCAAUGAAGGACUAGGUGUGGGUGCUGAUUGCUUACUGGUGCCAGCACCAACUACUAUGCAAAUCACUGAUACGACACGGAUAUAUGCUGCAACGCACCACGCCGCUGUUGUGAGUGAUAGGACGAUGUAUUCAUUGGGUCUUGGUAUAGACAAGCCUCUUCAUUUCAGUGAUUCGAUUACGCAAGUCGCUUUGGGAGGACAGUUUGCACUGGCUUUGACAUGUUAA